ACUCGAAGGUCAAAGGUGUACAGUGGUCUCUUGAAACAUACGCGCGCGCUCGUUCGCACACCUCCACCUGCCCUUUCUCACACAGCAGUCUCUCUCUCUCUCUCUCUCUCUCUCUUUCUUUUGGCUCGUGGGCACGCGCUCGACAGCUGCAUACCUUUCACUUCCGGUCCAACAUGGCGGCAUCCAUGGCAUCCCGGGCUGUUUCUGGAGCGCUUCGCAGAGCUGCAGCCGGUUGUUCGUUUCUCAGCAGAAACACGCUGGCAAGAGUAAGCCCCAGAAGAUGGCUGAACCUUCAGGAGUACCAGAGCAAGAAGCUGAUGCAGGAGUGCGGAGUGGCCGUCCAGCGUUUUUUUGUUGCCGACACUGCUGCAGAGGCCCUGGAGGCUGCCAAGAGGCUAAAUGCUAAAGAAAUCGUUCUAAAGGCUCAGAUCCUGGCAGGAGGCCGAGGCAAAGGGGUGUUUGACAGCGGCCUGAAAGGUGGAGUGCACUUAACCAAAGACCCGGCAGUGGUGCAAGAGCUGGCCAACAAGAUGCUCGGCUUCAGCCUCACCACCAAGCAGACGCCGAAGGAGGGCGUCAAGGUCAACACGGUGAUGGUGGCUGAGGCGCUGGAUAUCUCCAGGGAGACGUAUUUCGCCAUCCUGAUGGACCGUGCGUUUAAUGGCCCGGUCAUGGUCGGCAGCCCACAGGGGGGCGUAGACAUCGAGGAGGUCGCGGCCAAAACACCAGAGCUUAUCUACAAGGAAGUCAUCGAUAUUUUCGAGGGCGUUCGAGACGAUCAGGCGCUGCGCAUGGCGGCUAAUUUGGGCUUCAAAGGGCCGCUGGAGAGGCAGGCUGCGGAUCAAAUUAAAAAACUGUACGAUCUCUUCCUGAAAGUCGACGCCACUCAGGUGGAAGUGAACCCGCUCGGCGAGACUCCCGAAGGACAAGUCGUGUGCUUCGACGCCAAAAUCAACUUUGACGACAACGCCGAGUUCCGGCAGAAAAACGUCUUCGCCAUGGACAACACGGCCGAAAGCGACCCCACAGAGACCGAGGCGGCCAAAUACGACCUCAAAUACAUCGGCCUGGAUGGCAACAUCGCUUGCUUUGUCAACGGUGCCGGCCUUGCCAUGGCGACGUGUGAUAUCAUCGACCUGCACGGAGGGAAGCCGGCAAACUUCCUGGACCUAGGAGGAGGAGUGAAGGAGAACCAGGUGUACGUUGCGUUCAAACUGCUCACUGCCGAUCCGAAGGUAGAGGCCAUCCUGGUGAAUAUCUUCGGCGGGAUUGUGAACUGUGCCAUCAUCGCUAAUGGUAUCACUAAGGCCUGCAGAGAGCUGGAGCUCAAGGUACCCCUGGUUGUUCGGCUGGAAGGAACAAACGUGCAGGAGGCUAAGAGGAUUCUGUCUGAGAGCGGGCUUCCUAUCACCGCAGCCAACGACCUGGACGACGCAGCAAAGAAAGCAGUGGCUGCAAUCGCCAAGAAAUAAUACACACACACACACACACACACACACACACACCCAUACACAUGCUAAGUCGAACCAGUUUUUUUACACCAAACUUGUCUGUCAUUCAAACACUUAGCUCCUCCUACAGAUCAAACUCGUGCAUUAGAUUCUAAACUCCAUAUUAUUUAUAUUAUAUAUUCUAUUAUUAUCUUAUACUUAUAUAAAAAUACUAAUAUUAUAAUAUCAUUAUUAUAAAAAAAAAGUCCAUGUUUGAGACUGAACUCGUCUUGUACAGUGUAGGCCUGGCUUAUAUGAUUCAUUCGCUCAUUUAUUUAACGCGCCCCUUAUCACUGGAACUCGUUUUCAUUUAUUUGCCGUUCUGCGUUGAGGGAAAACGUGGCUAAUCUUGUGCUGCAUCCGCACGAUGUAGCGAUAUCGCCCGGCGCGUUAUUAUCUUGCUGCGCGCGAUCGUCACGCUCUCCGGUGCUCAUCACUCUCGCUGUGAAAAUCCUGCUAUUGAUUUCAAAAGCUUUUUUGCAGUGUGGACUUCUGCACCAUAAUCUCUGCAUUUGCUAGAUAUUUUAUUACAAGUACAAGUACUGUGUCAUAAGUUCCUCAUCUAUUCUUACUAUCCUUAGAUUGCAAUGGAAUUGAAUUUGACCAAAUUGUGUAAUUUUUGCAAAAUCAUUCCAACCUUAUUUUUUUAUUUGAAUUAAAAAAAAUGUAAAUAAAAUUUAAAAACCAGGAAAAAAAAAACGUUAUUAUUGUGCAGGAGCAGGAUCGAGUAGGAUCUUCUGAAGUUUGGAAGGUGAUGAGUCUCUGUGGAUAUACACGUCUUUAUGGCCUUAUAUAAGAUAUGAUAAAUACAUCUUUAAUUCUCUCUGCCAUACGGAAAACUGCUGUGUGAGUGAUGAAGACAAACACUGCUCUUGCGUUCACUUCCUUCCUUCUUUCCCUUUCUUUCACUUCCAUUACUUUCCUUUCUCUUCAUUUAACUUUGUUUCACUUCUAUUUCAUUCCUUUCUUUUCCUUUCACUUUUUUGUAUUCCUUCUCUUCUCUUCCUUCCUUCUUUUCCCCUCCUGUUCUCUUCCUUUACUACUUUUCUCUUUCUUUUCUUUCUCUUCAUUCUACUUCCUCGUUUGCCUCUUAACUACAGCAGCGUUACUCCUUUCCCCUCGUGCCUCUCGUCCAGACCAUCUGAACCUGUGACUUUAUUGGAAUGUACCAUUUAAUGUGAGAGCCGUUUUUUGGUAAUCAUUAAUAUCAUCAGCAUGAUUUUGUGAAUUGAUUUCUGUUUGAAAUUUGUUUCUCUCAAUGCAAUAAAAUCUCACCUAAACAUA